CGGCUUCUCCGAGCCUCAGACACAAUGAACCGUCAGACAGUGAGGGGCACGCAUGUUGGGCCCGAGGUAUUAGCACGGUUUUAGCACAUUGUUUUUUAUUAAUUGUGCCUUUCCCUGGGUUUACUUAGCAAUUCUGAACUACUGAUACACUGUAUGGAAGUAAGGAGGCUCGGCUGGAAGCGGUUGGUUCGUCGAGUUCGAUGAAAACGAGGUCGGGUUCAGACUAACGCUCUCCCUCCUGCUGGAUCUUUCUCUUUUUGUUCGUUAUUUUUUUGGGGCUAGAGACAACAUCGACAACAAUGUCGCUGACUGCUUCGUCUGAUUACUUCGCCGCCGAGUGUCUGGUGUCGAUAUCUAGCGGCCCCGUCCUGCACAGACCCACCCCGGUCGCCCCCGCCAGCCAGCCUGCCACGGUGGGCCUUCUCCCCGGGGAGCCCGACGGGUCGAGUGAGGACAGGGAAGUGCGGGAGACGCUGCGGCUGGAGGGAGCCAGCAUGAUGGCGGUGGCCGGUAUCCUCACCGACCUGCACGGCAAGUUCCGCCCCAUGUCGGCCUACUCGGAGAGCAGCAACUCCUCGUGUGGUGGAGAGAGCGGCUACACCACGUUGUCCGACCCGACCACCCCUACCAUGACCCCCUCCGCCACCCCGGUCCCCGGACAGCAGCAGCAGCCGCUCAGGGGGGCAGCGGGAGGCGGAGCGGUGGGGGCCCCGCGGUCCCCGGUGAAGCGACAUCAGUGUACUUUUGACGGAUGCGACAGAGUUUACGGGAAAUCCUCUCACCUGAAGGCACACAUCCGGACACACACGGGUGAGAGGCCUUUCCCCUGCACCUGGCCCGACUGUGAGAAGAAGUUUGCCCGUUCCGAUGAGCUCGCCCGCCACACCCGCACCCACACCGGGGAGAAACGCUUCCUGUGCCCGCUGUGCGACAAGCGUUUCAUGCGCAGCGACCACCUGAUCAAGCACGCCCGCCGCCAUCCCGACUUCCAGCCGUCCAUGCUGGGACGCAACAGGGGCGCUUCCUCCGCUUCCAACCUCGCCACGCACGAUUAGGAUGGUGUGGGUUGAGGGGGAGAUUAUUCCUGUGUACUGGGGUCGACAGGAGCACAGAAGGUCAUGUUGGUUUCAAGCUAACCAGCUACAAUCAGAUCCACUGAUUAGGAUUUAGCAUGGCUGCGUUUUACUCCAAAAUGUGCACAUACACACUUAAAAGCCAACACACACAGCGCUGGGUGUGAGGGGGAAGUAGCCUCGUCUCUCCAUCCACAAAGACGAGUCAUGUGACCACUAUCCACUUGCUCAACACAACGAGGGUUGGGUUCGUUCCACAAAAUUUGAUCGGGGUUUGCAGAGAAAUGUGCUUUCUGAUUCCAGUUCUCGUUUCCUGAAAGCAAGAGAUUGGACCUACCAUGCUUCCAUUUACGUCGCCUGUUGCACAUGUUUCAAAGCAUGUGUGUAAUGUUUACAAUAUAGGAGACUGGAGCGAACUUUUAGCCUUGCUAAGCUUCACAGAAUACAGUAGAAUGUAAUUACUGUAUGCAAAUCAUUACAUGCAAGAGAAGAAAGUCAGUAAAUAUGAAGACAUUUUUACUAUGACGUUAUAUGAAUGCAGGUUUUCCUCAUGUCUUGUGUCGACAGGAGUGACAGUAAAACGUCAGAUAUUUUUACAGAUGAGAUAACCAGAUAAUUACUGGUUUUGGUAACUUCACUGGAUUGAAAUCAAGUUAAAUCAAGGUACUCUCACUGAUAUAAAAAGAAGUAUGUGUAACGAAUGCCAUAAAGAGCAAAAAACACAGCUGCCACAGCAGGUAAUUGUAUUUUUUUCACCAAAAAUAAAUCACAAAAUGCCUCUCUUUUCAUCCCAGAAUUAUGGCGCUAUAAUUUUUUUCUUUCAAGAUGCUUUGGUUUUGCUUUCAGGAUUCGAUAAGAACCAGAAUCAUGAAGCAGAUUUCAUUCGAUGCGAUACACCCAACCCUAAACAUAAACCUCCGUGUCUCGAACACUUUCACAAGUUGCAGGGAUUUUUCACAUAUUUUUCUGUAAAACAAAGCAAAUCAGCACAUUCGUCAUCAUCAGCCAAAACUCUUCUGGUUUCUUGUGGUUAAUUUGUAGAUUGUUGUUGUGCUCUUCAGUACCCUUUAUUUACAUGAGUAGCACAAUAUUGUGAUUUUAGGUAGCGAGGCAGUGGCUAGAAGCUUUUACCUUUCUUUUGUUUGUUUUAGCUUUGCUGAUUCUAAGUUUUAGUGGUGAGACAUUCCUUUUUAUUGCUUUAGUAUCCAUAAUCAUUGAGGCUAUUUUGUCAAUCUUUUUUUUUUUUGUAUAUCCAGUCUAACUAUAGAUCAAAUAUUAAUUUUGCCAGGAAGUGGAUCAAAUUUCACUGUUGAAGAGCUGUUUGCACGCUGCCUUUAAGGCUAGAUCAGUUAUCAUCCAUGAAAUGCUGACACAUAAUACACAGCAGUAUUAUGUCUAAUAUUGAUGCAAAUGUCUUUAAGCUUUAAGCUUUUAAUGUAGAAAAAUGGUAAUGCUACUAGCAGCAGAAUUAAUACUUGUGACGAACUGUAGCCUUAUAUUAGGGGUAACUUUAUACGCUUGAUAGGACAGCAUUGCUUCUGAGUCUCGGUGUGUAUGGUUUUUUUUUUCUUUUUAAAAAUUUUUUUUGUUAGUGACAGAACUGGGAAAAGUGUGUUUGCAAUAGUAUCGUAAUAUCCGGGGGAGGGGGGAACAGAUGACACGAGUGGAGCUUGAUUUUUUUUUCAGCCUGCUGCCUUCAAAGUAAAAGCAUUCACUUCACUCAUCCGGGAUGUGAAGUCAGGUGGCAAAAUACAGAUGUGUGCCAGGUGUUUCAUUUGUUUCAACACCAGAUAAAGCUGAGUUGUACAAGUAGCAUCAAGGCAAGAAAUCAGAAUUAUUGGAAAAUUUGGUGGUAGACAUUUUAACGUGUAAACACAGCAAAAGCUCAGGUGUUACUAAUCGCUGUAACUGUGGCCCUGCUUUGUCAUUUAACCAGCAUGCACCUGAUUAGUUGGACUAUAAGAGUUGACCAAUAUGGGUUUUUUUUUUAGGGCAGAUGAUGCAAAUCAUCAGGAACCAAGGAGAGUGCUAACUGAUAUUUGGUACCAAUAAAAUAAAAAGUGCGGGCAAACGUGAACUCCACUCCAGCUUCAUUGGCUAUAACCAAUCAUGGGCAGGACGCCGAGACCACAAAGUGGUAAAGACAAAUAGAGAGGUGGCUGUAUCAGCCUUUUUAUAUUAUUAAUGUCAUUUGGAAUUGGUUGAAACUCUCAAUUGCCCGUAGGUAUGAAUGAGAGUGUGAUUGUUUGUCUAUAUAUGUAGCCCUGAGACAGACUGGCGACCUGUCCAGGGUGUCCCCUGCCUUCGCCCGAGUCAGCUGGGAUAGGCUCCAGCACCCCCCGCGAUCCCAGUGAGGAUAAAGCGGUGUAUAGAGAAUGGAUGGAUGGAUGGAAUUGGUUGAAAAAAUGCUAAGCAUUGGAUCCGAUAUUUGACCAGUCUGGUAACUGGUUCAGCUGGUGCACCUCGGCAGGCUGUUGAACAGCAUCAUUUCAGCAACCACAUUUGUCAAUCUAUUAUCCCCAGAGAUGUGAGUGCAACAUGACUGGAGGAUUGGAUGAGGUCGUUGUCAACAAGUUUAUUUAUAGAACUUGUUGCAAAAAAGACUACAUAGUCACCUAUUUGGGGUUGUGCUGGUUUUAAAUUGGGCAAAACAGGCUAAUUGAGGGACAGCUCCUCCAUUUGCAGCUUCUAAAUGAACAAGCCUCCAUUAAAUUAUUGUGGAGCACAACUGCAUUUGGAGAGUUUUGUCUCAAACACAACGUAUCUUUUCAACACCAGUCAAUCAACAACUACUAAAGACGGCCCUCUUUAGUGGUCUGAUAGACACUGGCGCACCCAGAACAUCCUUAAUGCUGGUGGUUCCUGUUAGUAAUAAACGCUUUGAAUUGCGCUUUACAGGUCAAUUAUUUAGAGUUGAAUUCCCUAACAGGCAGACUUUUAAAUAAGCAAAAUACAAUGAUGAUAAUCCCCCGUCAAGAUUCCACUGCUGAUAAUCGAUCUAGGCAUCCUAUCGUCCAACCCUACUGGAGGAAUACUAAUAAAAGAUUAGUUCCAACUGUGGCUCACAAGAAAAAGUGUCGGCUUUGACAAGCAAAUGACAACUUUGACAAACUGUUCAGUACAUUUAAGCAAACUGGCACCUAAACAUCUUUAUCUUGCCGAAACGUUGACUAAUGCGCUUGCAUUUCAGGAAUUAUCCCUCAAAAGAAUCACCUUUUACCAAAUCAAGCAAACCUCAAGUAAUUUAGAUAUUUAGAAUCUAUUUGAGUGCUUACUAUGUCCAGGUCUGACUCUAGAGGGGUUGAUUUCUUCUUUUGUUUUUAAUGUUUCCACACUGUUUGUCCUGCUCACGGACAUAUUCCUUUAUCUCAGUGAACAACACUUUUUCAGGAAACUCUGAAAGCCUUAAACUAUGUCAUAACUACUUUGCACCAUGUUUACAGUCGAAUCAUUGUAUAGGUAUCAAUGCUCUCCUGCGGGGACAUUACAGAAACUCAUUAUGCAAUAUGGCACUUUUUUCUUAAGGUGUAUUUGGCUGAAUAGUGUAAUGGCUUGCACUGUUACUAUGUUUCUACAAGCAAGCACUGUGUAACUUUGCUAAUGUGUUGAUAACCAAUGGUUUGUAAAAAGAAAAAAAAACAACAAAAAAAAACUGCCUUUUCCAAGUGCUUUAGAAAGCGUGAUAAAAGAACUGGGUAGUUGUUUUUAUUUAGAUUUUCAUUUUAUAUACAUACAUACAUAUAUAUUGUUUGCUUAGUCAUCCAGGCCAUUUCUUGUUGUGGAAUUUGUGUUUAUCUUCUAGACGCUUCCUGGUUGUUCCCAGAUCUGUUGUUGGCUUUGUCUCCUCCACGCUGCGAUCAGAGAACGACUGUAAAUGUCUUCCUCAUACCCGUCAAACCACCUUCACAUGCCAGUUCACUGUUGGUUUCGUUUUAAUGGGAGCUGUACUCGUCGAAAUGAAUGCUUUGUAAUUUUGUACACAUUUCUUCCUCCGGAUCUGUUUUCGGUUGCUGCUGGCAGUGAUCGUAAACACAUGGACUGUUUAACAAAGGAACGCAAUAUGGUUGGUUUUUUUUUUUCUGAAAUGGAAAUAUGUCCUUCCAUCUCUCCUCACUGCUGCAAGUGUCGUCUGACACAGACUCUCAAAGCUAUAAUAUCACAAAAACUACAUACCUCACAGUUUUUCUCUCUUUUUUUUUUUGCAGUGUCUGUACAAAAUCCAUCCAAACUGUCUCUCAGAAACUCCUAUAAAGCCAUUGAGCCUUGCAUUUCAGAAAUGUGUUUUUAUCAGCUAGAUGGUCUCUUCCGUACCUUUAUCCUUACUGACUCGAUAUGCAACACCAGUGCUACCUGUGUAGGAGCAAAAUUCCCUUUUUUUCCUGGCCCAAUGAACUUGUAUUGCUAAUAGACGGUAGUAAAUGCACCAGCUGUCGCUAAAGCCCGGCUGCUGUUGAUUUGCAAAGCAGAUAGAGCGGCUGCUGGCGGGAGCAGAAGCUGAAGGGGGGGGCGUUGAAAUAGUGCAAAGUAGAAAUUACCUGUAGACUGUCAGCUCACUGAAAAUAUGACAUGAAAAAGCUGAGUCCAAAUCUAUUCGUUCGUAUCACUGAAUGUGGCUCGAUGACAGCCGAGCGUUAUCCAAUUAGGAUUUAGUUUUCGCUGCGCAGACUCGCUGAGAAAAAAGAAAAGAAUUAAAAGCGGUCAUUUCUCUCGCCACCACACUAAUUCAGAUAUGCACAUUGUACAGAAGUGGAUGUUUUUUUUUUUUUUAAUUGAUGCCUAAUUUUUACAUUAAUGUAAUUUUUAAACAAUCCUCUUAUCAAAGCUUUAGUUAAGGUAAAUAGGAGGAACUGUGGAACUAAAUAAUUGCUGCAACAAGCUGUUUUGAUAUUUAUAUUCUCAGGUGUCUUAAAUUUCGAGCAUUGGAGUUUCAAUAUUUCCUGUGCAACACCGAAGUACAAGCAUGUUUUUAUUUCUUUUGUUAUGCUGAUUAAUUUAUUACGUAUCAAAAAAAACGUAUAAUUUUGUGUGGUUUAAUUAUUCUCCUCAUAACUCAUUUUGUGACAUGGAACAGUACUAAUAUUAAAUGGUUCCAAUGUUUGCUUGACCAGUGCUUUUUUUUUUUUUUUUAAAUAAAAAUUCCUAAGUUUA